GCGAGAUCAUCCUGUACACCAACAAGGUCGCCAAACAUUAUAUGACUAGUUUUCGUAAAAUAUAAGGAAAUAACCUUAAAACAUUAAUAAAUAUAAUAAAAGAAACUAAGGAAAUGUUAAACAUGUUAAACUACUAACAUUAUGACCUAAUAAUGGUUCUAAUAAAGUUUUAAAUUCCUUAGGUAGUGUAAUUAAGAAAUUACUUCAAGUAACUUGUAAUCGAUGUGGUAAUGUUUUGACCUAUUGAUUUGAUGAAUAUGAAACACAAAAGUGAUUUUUAACAUUACAAAUUACUAAUGUAAUAGAAAAGACUUAAAAUAAAGUUAAACAUGCAACAGGGGCUAUUUGUGGAAUUGAAAAAUAUUGGAAAGUCUAAUGUUUUCUGUUUGACAUACUAAUGUUUUGGGUUAAACUAUUUUUUUAUUUAUUAUAUCAUUAAAAUUAAGUGCUAAUUUACUAUCUUAUGGUUUAAUAGACCAGUACUUUUUCUUUCAGUUAUCUAAUGAAUUAAAUUGAGAAGAAACUCGCCCCGGAUGACACCCGGCCUUAGUACGCCACUGGGUAUUCGCAAUUCCUUUAACAGACUUGUAAAAAAACCGAUCAGGCAUCUCUGCUCUGGUCAGCUCGCGACGGCCGCAAAUACAAUAGAUUGCGUUCGCGUCUUUCAUAACAGUGUUGGGCUUUGACCACCGAACCACGACGGGUUGAUUUUGGCGUGGUUUUCCAUCUAAACAUUGUGUUUUAUAAAAUCCGUUUGUGUGCUCUGACUUGGACGGCUACGGCUUUUGUUUACUUAGUUUGUUGCGUGCCUCUACUACGGCCGGUAUGGAGGAGUUUGCGGCAAGCCUGAGACAGCUUCCAGAUGACGACUUGGAGUUGAUGUCAAGUAUGUUGUAUGCACUCCAAAAGUUUGAGCAAUUCAACGUGUUUGAUGACGUCAUGGAAAAUAGCCAAGGGCUUCGGCAGUACGCGGACUAUGGGACGGAUUACGAGACCACCAAUCCCUUGAUGCGAUCUCGGAUCGUUAAGCUAAGAAAGUGCCACAUAAUUAUCAACGACGACACUCGUAGCGUUUGGAAGGCCAAAUACGAUGUCCAGCCAGUACAGCAACCAGAAGCAGCAAAAACACCGGGUAGAACGGGUCCACCCACGGUCGAAAAGGGGCUGUCCGCGGCGGAAAAAUUGAUGAAGGUGGACUUGAAGGUAGACAACAAGUUACACCUUUGUCACAUGCUGCCGCGGACAGCAUUUACAGACGAGACAUAGGUACCGCACUGUGGCCA